AUGACAUUUUUCUCGGCGAUCGUUCGACCUCUCCUCAUCAGUGUCGCGGCCGGCGUCGGCAUCUACUUGGCCUUCCUCAGCCUCCUCACCAUCACUUCAUUCCAAGAUCAUGCCAUCUACCUCCACCGCAUAACAUUGACCUGGUUCCAGGAUGUCAAUGAGCCCGAGCAUUGGGGUUUCCUGCGGAACCAGGUCACACCCUUCCUCCUCCACACGCCAGAUGGCGAAACCCUACAUGCGUGGCACGUCCUGCCGCUCGAGACAUAUCGAAAAAAUGAAAAGGCGCUGAGGGAAGAGCCUGCAGGGCUGUGCCACAAUAUCCAAGAGAGAUUAGGUUUCAAGCUGCUGAGAGACGAUCCGACCGCCAGGCUGGUAAUUUAUCUACAUGGAGCGGCCGGGACACUGGGAUCAGGCUGGCGACCGCAGAGCUAUCGUGCUCUAUCUGCCGCUGCGCCCAACGUGCAUAUUGUCGCCAUUGACUACCGCGGGUUCGGCUCUAGCACUGGGUGGCCGUCAGAGGCUGGUCUUCUGACCGACGCCCUGACACUGGCCGAGUUUGCCAUGAAAACUGCUGGGAUCCCGCCCGAGCGUAUUGUCGUCUUCGGACAGUCGCUGGGCACUGCCGUCAGCAUAUCCCUUACCCACCAUCUAGCUCUGCAAUCACCACCGACGCUGUUUGCGGGGAUCGUGCUUGUAGCGCCAUUCGCGAACGUCGAACUUUUGACCCAGACCUAUAGCAUUGCCGGCACUAUCCCUCUUCUUGCCCCUGUGGCACAUUGGCCCAGAGCUUUAGCCUGGUUCAACAGCUUCAUCACGACCAAGUGGCCAUCAAAGGAUAAACUGGCCGAACUCAUACGUCGGGUGGAGACUCUCGAGCCUUCAGAUCGGAAGACGAGAUACGACAUUACCAUCAUCCACGCACAAGACGACUACGACAUCCCCUGGACACACUCUGACGUGGUGUUUUGGCAUGCCGUAAACGCAACAAGACAGCCUGGAAAGAGCCUGACUUUUGAAGAUUUGGAGGUCGAGAAGGCCAGGCGGAAAACAGAGCUUGGAGCAGGUGGAUGGGAGGUUGAGUGGAGAGGCGACGCUGGCGUAGUGCGAGAACAGAUUGUGAAGCAUGGACUGCACGAUCGAAUCAUGAGUUAUCCGGUGGUGAGUCUUGCUGUUGCACGAGCAUUCCACAGCUUGGAUCCGGAAUAG